CACAGAGCCUCAAACCGGUUGCGGGACACACAAGCAGGAACCAGCAGCCAUGAUGAUCAAGCUGAGGUACUCCAAGAGGCUCUUCAAGAGGAGCUCCUCCUCGUCCAAGCAGCAGGCGGCCCCUCGUGGGGGCGACAAUGGCGGCGGCGGCGCAGGGGAGAUCGAGUGGGAGGUGAGGCCCGGCGGGAUGCUGGUGCAGAAGAGGGAGGAGGGGAGGGGCGGCCAGGAGACGGUCACGGUCAGGGUGUCCACCGGCUUCUCCUGGCAUCACGUGUCCAUUGGAGCCACCUCCACUUUUGGGGAGCUGAAGGUGAUGCUGUCCAUGGUGACAGGACUGAAGACCCGGGAGCAGAGGCUGUUGUUCAGGGGUAAAGAGAGGGAUGACACCGACCACCUCCACAUGGUUGGGGUGAGGGACAAGGACAAGGUCCUUCUUCUAGAGGACCCGGCGCUCAAGGACAUGAAGCUCCGGGCUCUCUCAGCCCCCUAAACGACCUUCUUCUUUUAUUCAAUUGUAACCCGCACCGCAGCUUGCUAUCGUGCUAACUAUUACCACUGCUUAUUAGUUACAGAGUACAAGAUCGUACUACUACUUAGUAUCUCGAAGGUACUUCUAGUUCCUGGAAGAUUUUUUAUAAUCCGGAAUCCGAGGGUUUUGUUCUAUGAAGCCCUCUUACUUAGUCCACUCGUACUCUUAGUGCCACUCCAUGGAAGGGGCUAAGGGUCCCUGAAGAUGAGAGUGAGAGAGCCUUUUGAUCAUGUUCUAGCUUAGCUUGUUGCAAGUGUGAUUUGAAGCCUAGUGCGCUGGGGUUUCUUUUAUGGCCAUUUCUCUCUCAUUCCUCUACAUUCAUGCGUGGGUCAUGGAUAGGCAUGAGAAAAGAUUGUACGUACGUAUCUUGUGUUCCUGUUCCCCAAUGAAUGGAUGGAAUCAAACGUGUGUC